AUGGAAGAUGAAGUAAUUUCUCACAUACAUAAGAACUUCAACCAAAAUGUUCAAGAUGUUCAACCAUUUACAGUUGUAUGGCUGGUUACAUCUGACGCAAACUUGACAGAAGAAGAAAAUAAACGAAUAUUCAAGACACUUCGUACAAAGUACAACAAUCUUAAAACAUUUAACAAAAUUGGAAUGUGUGAAGACUAUAUUAAAAAAAUGGAACUUGAAAAUAUUAUUUUAGUUAUUGCUACUCAGUCUUGUUUUCCCUACAUUACUCUUCGACAUGUUCAUGAUCUACCACAGUUAGUUGCCAUUCAUAUUUACGGCAUCGAUGAAAUGCCGUAUGAUGGCUGGAAGAAAUACGAAAAGGUAAAGUCUGUGGUUUCAACAAGUGAUAAAUUAAUUGAAAGGCUUUCGCGAGAUCAUUUUGAAUAUAGAAAUCUCAAAAAUAUAAAACUCUCGUCGGACUUCAAUUUAUCUGGACAAUCCUAUCAAAAUAUGGUAUUUGACUCGCUUCAAGUAUUAUUGGUUCAGUCAUUUGUACAAAACAUACUACAUUGUGUCAAUAUAGACGAAAGUUCUACUAUGAAUGAAUGCGUUGAACUUUGUAAACAAGGUUACAAAGAUGAAAAAACUUUGAAACGAGUUGAUGAGUUUGAACGUACAUAUUGCUCAUCUGAUGCUGUGUGGUGGUAUUCUAAGGAAAUUUUUGUUUAUGAAAAACUAAAUAUCGCUUUUCGAAACCAUGAUAUCCGUAAUUUAUUAAAAUUUGGAUUUUUUAUUCGUGAUUUACAUAACCAAUUAAGAAAAUUGCAAGAUGAACAAAUGUUAAGUACAACAACAUCCAUAAUAACAGUAUAUAGAGGGCAAAAGUUAUCUAGGGAAGAAUACUAUAAGCUUAAAGCAAGCCGAGGAAACUUUAUUACAACAACUAGUUUUUUAUCAACUAGUGCUAAUAUACAUGUGGCAGAUAUGUUUGGUCCAACAAUAAUCUUUGAAAUAGAAGCUGAUCUUCGUCUUAAAACAAAACCGUUUGCUAAUAUAACACAUAUCGCCCAUAACCCCCACGAAGAUGAAGUAUUAUUUAUGCCUGGUUCAAUAUUCAAAGUUUUAGAUUUUUAUUAUGAUGAAAAAUACAAAAAGCCGAUAUGUAAAUUACAAUUACGAGAAGACAGUGAUCCUGAAGCAAACGAAAUUACUUGUGUGAUUACUGGAAUGAAAAAUAAUUCCAAUGAUGAUGCCUCUACACUCGAUCGUCUAUUAUCACUCGAACGAUUGAUUUCGACAUUACCUAAACAUACAGACGGUGGAAAAAAUCUUAAAUUUCUUAUGCAUUAUUGUUAUGCAAAGCUUACAGAUUUUAAAAGAAAUCACGUAUCCAACUUUAUAAAUGCAGCCAAUGCAAUAAUAGAAGAGAUAAAAUUAAGCCAUAAAAAGAAUGGAAUUUCACUCAGUAGUGAUGAGACCGCCCAAUUGGAAUCAUAUGUGGAUGCUUACAAGGCGAAUCAAGAUAAGUAUAUAAGUAAGUAA